AUGAUAGAUUUGAAAGGUGAACUUUUAGAAAAUAUUCAACAAAUUUCUAUUGUGACAAAUAAAGACCAAACCAAGUCGAACUAUCAUCCAAAAUAUGAUGAAGACUACUAUUCCAGGCUUAUAUGGAAUUCAACAGAUUAUAAUGAUGUGAAAAAAAUUCAAGUGCAGUUAAUUUUAGUUGAAAAUGAUGAUCAACGUGAUCUUUUUGAUUAUAUUCGACAUUAUGUUUCUUCUAUGCCCCAGUGUCAAAUUCCAGGCAGAGUAUUAUCUGUUUUAGUGUAUGAUAAAGAGUCAAACCGUUACAUUGGACUUAUACAACUCACAACGGAUUUACUUAAAAGUGAAUUUAAAGAUAAGUAUAUUAAUUUGGACAUAUCAAAGAGAGGCCAAUUGAAGAAACAUAUUCGCGAUCAUUCUGCUAAUUUAUCUGUUUGUGUUCCUGUACAACCAUUCGGAUUUCAAUUUUGUGGUGGAAAAUUAUUAGCAAUGCUUGCCUUCUCUAUCGAGCUUCAUGAAAUGUACCAGAAACGAUAUUCAAACCCUUUGGUCUUAAUUACGACAACAUCUAUACACGGAAAAUCUGUUCAGUACGAUCGAUUAAAACAACUCAAGUUUAUUGGCUAUACAAAGGGCUUUGGAACUAGUCAUAUUUCACCAUCCUUUAUGGCCAAGGUAGAAGAGUAUUUAGAAAAGAAUUAUCGAGAAUUUUUUGUCCGAAAAAGAUCUAAAUGGCAAUCACUGAUGUUUUUGGCACAGAAAUUAAACAUAGAUAGUAGUCAAUUAUUUUAUCAUGGUGAACAACGAGGAAUUUAUUGUGGAUGGACUGGAACUAAUGCAAAUGAAUUUUUAUUAAAAAAGAGAAUGACUUUUACAAAGGAUAAACUCCAGUCAGUUGAAUCAAUUUCUUCAUUCUGGAAGCAGAGAUGGGCAGAACAACGAUCAACGCAUUUGAAUAAAAAAAGAAACUUAAUACUGUUAAUAGAAGACCCGCCAAAAGAUUGA